GGUUCUUGUGGGCUUCACCUCUGCAGUUAAUGAACAACUUGUGCGAUGACGAGCUGAUAUGCGGCCGCUCGGACUUUCAGACAAGGGCUCUUCUGUAACAGCGUUGUCUCUGGGGCCACAUUGAUUCCUGCCGAGACUAAGAAGCGGAUCCAUUUGUAGCAGACUGGUGAUGGACACCACUUCAUCUCCACAGAUCAUGGAGGAGGCAGAGUCUAGGAGCAGUGUAGAUCUUCAUGGAGAUGACGAUCUAUUGACGCUAAAGGCCUUGACUGAAAAAUUAAGACUGGAGACCAGGAGGCCGUCUUAUCUGGAGUGGAAAGCUCAACUGGAGGCAGAAAGCUUCAAAGAUUCACAGACAGGAAAAUUCCAGAUUCAGGAGGAGCGAGAUGGGCAACCAGUCACGUACAAAGAGACUGCAGCAAACUCGGAUAAAAGUCAGCGAAAGCAACCCUCAGGUGUGCUGAAGGGCUUUGAAAACAUCGACGAAGCUCUGUCUUGGCUCAGAAAAGAACUGACAGACAUGCGCUUGCAAGACCAGCAGCUGGCCAGACAGCUCAUUCGUCUCCGGAGUGACAUCAACAUGCUGAAGAUCGAGCAGACGUGCCACCUGCACCGUCGCAUGCUCAACGACGCCACCGUCGGCCUUGAGGAGAAGGACGAGCUGUCCGACCUGCUGUGCGAGUGCCCCGUCACCCCAGGGCUCGGGCUCUCGGCCCCCCUGAGACUAAUCGGAGUCACUAAGAUGAACAUUAACUCUCGAAGGUUCUCACUCUGCUAGGCCAAACUUUGUGUAAAGUGACUGCAAGAAAUCCUUAAAAACUUGCUGAGGACUAAGUUUGAAUUAUUGAUUUAAUCAUGUAAUCUGCUAGAAUAAUUGUAAUUAUUUUGGGUAGGCACAGCUCUUGGAGGCUUUACUGUUGAGUUAGUGCUGCUAUAUAUUCAGAAGUGAGUCCCGUCAGCAAAAUACAGAAUAAGGAAGCUGUUAGCAGGUGUCGUUAGUGCUUAAGUAUUGAUUCAAAAAACUGCAAACUGAAAUACAUAAGUACAGUCUUUGAUUUCUGGCUUUAAGCUAUCUAUUGAUUUUUGAGUUACUAAUCAAGAUUUUGACUUACUAACUGGAAUUUCCAGUCAGGAGACAGAGAUGUUGCACAAAGCUGAUGGGAAGUGAUCAGAAAUAAACAACCUGAAACUGAGGCAAAUAGUAUCACAUCAAUUUCACAAUGAGGCUUAUUCAAGAGAAACGGGACUUACUUUUACCACAGGAUUUUCAAAAAAUAUAUCGUAAGCCUAGAGUUAAUUUUUUAGCCUGCCCAGAGAGCCUGAUCUGUUUCCACAAACCUUAAUUUAUUCCGUUAAGUUUCGGAGAGCUACAUAAAUUCCACCCUUUGUUCAGAUAAUCUUUGAAUAACUGUCCUCUGUGCUUGCAGACUGAAAACAGAAUCAGGCAAGUGCAAAAGCAGCAACAAGUGGACACCAUUCUCUAAUCCUUGAAUCUUUGUCCAAAAGGAGAAUCCCAUAAAGAACUUAGUUGGUGUAAAGAUUUCCAUGUAUGACCAACAUCUCUUUUUAAAGUUAUUACUGCUAGUAAUACACAGUUGUUUAUAGAGAGACAAAUAAUUUUUUUAAUAUGUACUGGUGUCUGUGCAGUAAAUGUUUAAGACAAAUUCAUCACUUACUUGAAGUGAAGAAUGUUUUCUUCACACUGCAGCUCUGCCCACCAGCUGUUCCUUAUGAUGUUAUUCAUGUCAUGCCUAAACACUCAUUUGCAUGAUAAAAUGGGAACCUUGAAACUCAUCACUAUCUGCAUGACAGCCAUGAAAUCUGACACGACACCCAAAAAAAUGAAAGACUGGAUAUUUUCUUUAAAAGUAGGUUAAAUAAGUCUCUACUGAUUUAAGCAGCUUCUACAAAAUAUGUCCUCUAUUAAGUUUUUUAACAUAACUGAUUUUUAUGUUCCUGAAAGAGAAAUUAAUCCCCCAGCAGCUGCCCGCUCCCAGUAAAAACAGCAGAUGUGACACCACAGACAGAGCCACUUCUCACCAGGGCCAGGCUGCAAACUGCAGCGUGAACGCGGCAGACAGAAACGUCACCGAGGUGAACCGCAGCGUGACAUGGGCCAGAUUCCCAGACUUCCUUCUCAGACUCACAGCGACACUUCUGUGUGGGAGCGUUUUGGCUCAUCUCUCAGAUAUGAACUGCGAAGAUGAAACUGCUUGGUGCCACGAACAGGAAAAAGAAACUUGAGAAUUUUUUUUUUUAACUUGAAUUAUGUUAACUUUUCCUACUGAAAAUAUAUUUUGUUCAUUCAUUAGUGAUUAACUCAAAGUCUUUGACAACCAUAAGAAAAUUUUACUGCUAAUUGGGGUGGACUUACAAACUUUAUGCAAGAGGAAAAUUUGAAUCCGGUCCUGGAAUCAUGUCCAAGAGUGGAAAAAUAGCUUUACCAACAUAGGAAUGGUAAUUUUAGAAAAACUUCUGUUUUUUCCAGCCAGACUGUACACAUUACUUAUGAACAGAAAAAUAAGAUUUUAACUUGACGUUAUUAGUCAAUUGGUUUAUCUUUUUUUUUAAAAGAGCUGCUGGUAACCAGUAACUUCAAAAGUAAAUAAAAGAAAAUAAGCUAAAAUACACAUCAGGUGCUUUCCAUCUGCUGCAGGUGGAUUGAGCAGCUGUAAAGGUAAAAAAUAAUUAAUAUUUUCUUAGUCAACAAGACAUUCUAACUACGACUUAUUAGUUUAGACAAAGAUGUGACUGUAUUCUGAACUUUAAGCUAAUGCUGCCAAAUCUGACAGUAAGAUUAUCCAAAAUUAGACAUUUUUACCUCUUUUUGGAGCCCAUUUAAUGGCUCCACAGGAAGAACACCCAGGCAGAUUCAUACAGGCAUAAUAACAGGGGCUCUGGUCAGUACUAGAGGGGCAAACUCUAAAACAACACAAUCUUCUCUUUUAAUGGCUUCAUCUGACAAGCUCUGCUAUGUCGUAAUUACUUGCUUCAAAGAGGAGCUCUGUUCGUUCUAAAAUUGGAUUAAAGACGAGAAGUUACUGGAGGACCAAUUAGUGUUUCUCCCCAUAAUGUGAGAAAACAUUUUGGUUGCACUGACAGCAUGUCAUAAUCAUUCAGUCUCCCGCUGAAGCAAAGCAAAUGAGGGACAAUAUCACAUGGUUCAAAUAAAGUCAUCCAGGAGAAGCCCCGUUCUACAGUUCUGCUCUAUUCCAAUCCACAUGACAUGACCAAGGUAAAAAGAGUUGGGAUUAAAGUUAAAAGUUAAAUGAGUGAAAUCCUCUGGAAUUGGAUGAGGAACAGGAAGUAGAAACAUGCUGAGAGGCAUCAGAGAAUGGAAUGUGACUAAACCGAGCUUGUCCUGCCAGUAUCUCCAUCCCCGAGACUCUAAAGUAAUCCCAGACUGUGACAGCAUUCAGCAAAACCACUUUGAUGGAGCUGAAUCAAGUUCCAGGGCAGCUUAGGUGCAUCCAAGCAAAUGAUCCAAGGAUCAUAAUUAGAUUGUAAAAUAAUUCCCUGGUGUAGGGAAGUCGAGUCAAACGCUGUUAUUUCCACUUCAAACCGCACACUAAAACACCAGGACACAGUAAUUAGGUGAGACACUGUCACGAGUGUUUUUUUUUAUUUUUAUGCAACAUCAUGAUGCUUGCAAUUAUGCAAUACCAAAAUAUAAAUCAAUGUAAUUGAUUUGUUAUGUAAUAACCACAACUUGCUGCAGAACUGCACUAAGAGUCACUAAGAACUUGCUGGCAGCAGCACUGCAGUGUUUAGGCACAACGACAAAUUUAAUGUAACACAAAAAUGACCUGAAUGUUGAAAAAAUUUUACAUCAACCAUCCAUAAGCUGGCCUUGUCAAAA